AGCCGCAGGACCUCACGGACGCGUACGGGCCGCCCAGCCACUUCCUCGAGAUCGACAUCUUCAACCCGCAGACCGUGGGCAUGGGCCGCGCCAGAUACACCAGCUACGAGCUCCGCAUGCGGACAAACCUCCCAAUCUUCAAAUUGAAGGAGUCGUGUGUGAGGAGACGAUACAGCGACUUUGAAUGGCUGAAGAAUGAGCUGGAACGAGACAGUAAGAUUGUAGUGCCACCACUGCCUGGAAAAGCUUUGAAACGACAGCUCCCCUUCCGAGGAGAUGAGGGCAUCUUUGAGGAGUCUUUCAUCGAGGAGCGGAGACAGGGACUAGAACAGUUUAUUAACAAAAUUGCUGGACACCCACUGGCACAGAAUGAGCGCUGCUUACAUAUGUUCCUGCAAGAGGAGACUAUUGAUAGGAAUUACGUCCCAGGGAAAGUGCGCCAGUAGGAGCACCUGGCACUGUCUUCCUCCAUUCCACCCUCCCUCCUGCAAAAAUGACAUUUAUUUUUACACUAAAUCUGUCUUCUCUGAACCAGCUUUUCCUCUCUUGAACCUCCCAGUUUGUUCAGUAUUUUCCUCUUUUGUAACUGGCAGCAGUUUGUUCUACUGGGCUGUGGUCUUGGCCUAAAGGUGUGAAGAUUUAUGCAAGUGAGCGUGUUGUCCCGUGUCUAGGGGCAGAUGUGGAUAGGUGUGGAUCAGGAACUUGCUUAUGGCGUUCUGGUGUAGGAGCUGCCUCUUUCCCUAUACAGGAAGGUAUGAGAUGACCUUCGCUCCCUUGUCUGUGCAGCCCCAAGCAUCUCUGCAGGAGACUUUGAAGAAUAGCAGUUGUCAUGUUGGUCAGUGAUCGCAUCAGGUAUUAGCGUUUUAGUAAGGUUUAUCCAAACCAGUGAGUAGGUGCCUGGGUGUGUCGGUCUCUCAUCCAACCCCUUUCACCCUGCAUGAAACCCCCAUUCUUCACUGUCUGGAAGUGCUGAGACCCAACACCUACUCGAACCCCGCACUCAGCCUCCUGCAUUACAGACCUGUUUGGUGUGUUCGUGCCCCUCUCCUUUCUAACGUGCUGCUGGCAGCUUGAGGGGUUUCCAUGCCGUGUGCUCUCAUGAUGCUCUGUGUGGGCCGUUUGGCACGUGGAAGAUGGGAUAGUCUGGGCUGUAGCCAUGUGUGCUGUGAUGCCUUGGCCCAGGGUUUCAGAAAUGCCACAGUCUGCAGUGCCAUGGGCUGCUGUGCUGGUGUUCCCUGCAGCACCCUGCUGGGCUGAACCUGGUGCCCUUAUCCUGCACCCCAGCUGCAGGGAGAAGCAGGCGGGUCUGGCUGAGGAGGAGCAAGAGAAGGCUGGUGGAAGCAGUUAUAGGGUGCAUCCAUGAAUGGCUGCCACAGGAAGAGCUCAGCAGUGGGGCCUGGGGUGAGGCCACCUCUCCAGAAAAGGAUGGUAGAAAACUGGUCAGCCAGUCCCAGCUUAGACAUUUGCUUACAAAGCAGAAGUGACAGUGGCUCUUGGUGUGUUCUCUCCUGUUCUGCAGUGAGCUAGGCAGUCACUUGUGUGGAAGCAAGAACACACGACUGAUCAGGGAAGCAUUCAGAGCUUGAGGGGACCACGAGGCUAUGACUUUCUGCAGCAGAACUGUCCUUUGGAGGCUCCCCCGGCUGCCACAGCUGUGAUGAGUGAGGUUGAGCCUCAGCUUGGGGCCUCCUCAUGUCAGGGCUGGCUGGUUUAUAAGCGCUUGGUCACUUCGUGGUGACACAGUUGAGCCUCUCUUGGAGCACAGACCUGCAGUGGCUGCCCUCCCUUUCCUGCCAGGCACGUUCCCUGAGGCCUUCCCAAUGUCUCCUUCGUUUCCUGGUGAGGAACUGGCACUGUUGAUCAAGAGGUGGCUCACGGGAAGAAGUCGCGGAAAGCGAGAGGGAGCCGCUCCCAAAACCAAAAGGGCCAUGGGGCAGCUGGAGCCCGGUGCGUGGAGGCGGCCGUGCCCACAGAGGGGCUCGAUUCCCGCCUUCCCGAUGCCGCCGGUCGUGCUCGGGGCGGCCCCUUCCCCUGCCCUGCGUGGGGCUGCCAUCCACCCAGCUGUCUGCACCCUGUCCAGUGUAACGUCCCGGUGCCGUUCGCAUUAAACCACUGUGAAGCCAA